AAACCAGUUUUGCUUAAGAAAGGGGACUUCCUUGAUUGCAGCCUAUUUCAAUUCAAGCUUCUUGAAGAUGCUCCUCACUGUGAUAUAUUCUGAGACCAUCAGAAAGCUCCUUCAGCUUAUGAAGAAUUAGUCACAAAUCCAAGAGCAUUUUGGAUUUUGCUUUUGGGGCACAUUAAGUCUACCUUGCAUGGCUAACUUAAAAUGAAUAAUCCAGGAUUUGAAAUGCAGGAAGAAAUGCCUCAGAGUUUGCCAACCAAAACAGAGAGGAUUUCCAUACAGCACCCCGAGAAGAGGAGCCACUGGUCCAUGCUCAACGUCUUUCUGGUUUGCCUCUUGGCUUGCACCUUAACUACCAUAGUGGGGGUGCUUAUUGUGUCCCUGGUCUACCUUAACAACAGUGCCUUUAAAGCAGAACCAAAACAUGAAGGGAACACAGAACGUGGGGUACCCUCUCAAGAAAUCCCACGCCCAACCCAGGUGGAUCCCAAGUUCCAGUUUCUGCACCAACACAUGAAAUCCAAGAAACACGAAUUCCCAGGUGGUACUAUCCAGUGGUCCAGAUAUCGGAAAAAUCCCAACGAAUACCAGAACAAGGAAGAGAUGGCCUUUGGAAGAAGCAUCAAUGCUCAGCGCUCCAAGAUGAUGUUUGGAACUUUACUGAUAAAAAGUAAAGGGCUGCGUGCUCCACACUGGCAUUUUAAUGCCAAUGAACAUGGGUACCUCUUAAAGGGAACCGCUUGGAUUGGGGUUGUUGAUGCUGGUGGAAAUACAGUGACCACAUACAAUGUCACAGCAGGCCAGAUCAUUUUCUUCCCUCGAAACACUUUGCAUUGGAUCAAGAACGUUGGUGCGGAAGAUUGCUUCUUCUUGCUGUUUUUUACCACCCAUGAGGAACUUCAGACUCUAGAUGUAGAUGAUGCAUUUUUCUCAACACCUGAGGACAUUGCAGCAAGGUCCUUAAAGCCUCAAGGUGGAGUGGGUUUCAUCAGGACGUUCCAGAAACAGGAAGAAGACCAGGCGGUCAACCUUCCACCCAACCUAGCAGAGCUUGUUCAGAACACCCAGUAUGAGCAAUCUGCCGAUCCUCUUGUAUGGCGGUACUUCUUUAACCUCAAAGGGUCAACUGAGUUCCGUUUUCCAGGGGGAAUAAUCCAGUGGGCUCGGUAUGUUAAAGAUGGGAAAGGCCUGAAGCCCAAUGAAAGAAUUUACAGUGAGUUUCUCCAUUCGAAAGAAGAUACCCUUACCUUGGGAACACUCAGGAUCUAUAGCAAUGGCCUACGGCAGCCCCACUUUCACUUCAAUGCCAAUGAGAUGGGAUAUGUCAUCAGUGGGUGUGGAAAGGUGGGUGUGAUAGUUUCACCUGCACUCACCACUGACUUCACCAUCGGUGUUGGAGAUGUUGUAUUUUUUCCCACUGGAACACAACACUACAUUAAGAGCACAUGUGACGAGGACCUGCUUUUCAUUUUGGCAUUCAGCACUAGAGACCAGUUGGAAACACUUGAUAUGGAUGACUAUUUCCAUGCUACAGCAGACCAUAUACUGGCCCAGCUUUUCUUCAAGAAACAGGAGGAAUUCAAGAAGAUUCCAAGGUUUAAUGAGGACCAGGCAAUUAAUUUACCCUAGCAACCUAUAAUGUUGACAACUACUACAAAUACAACACAUCUCCCUGGAUUCACUGAUGAUUAAACUCUGUUUAAUGCCAA